AUGGCGAAGGCCUACCUCGCUACGCUCCCUCCGGAGAUCUUCGAGGCCGUUGCCGAGCGACUGACAGGACGAGACCUCAAGGCACUCCGGCUCGCGUGUCGCGAAGCAUGCUCCAAAGUCCUUCGAGUCUACACACGCACGCUCUUCACACAUCAUGCAUUCUUUCUCAACUCUCAAGAAAGCGUCGAGCUGGCGGUGCAGAUCUCGCGACACCAUGUCUUCGGGCCUGCCAUGAAGACGAUCACGUUCCUCAUAGAGGGCGCAUACGCACGCCCAGACCUCCGAGAGGCCAUGGAAGUCGCGCAGAGAUCCCGUGAGGCGGCGUUCAGAAGAAUCAAAGGCGCCUCUUCUUCACUCAGCGAGGACUACGCUAAGUACGUAGAACUCUACGAGUGUUUCCAUGGACAGCUAGCCGCGCAGGACAAACAGAACACAUUUCAAGCGAGCGGCUCGCAGAUCACGCUGUUGCAACAGGUCUUCGCCGCGAUAGUCAGAACCGGCACACUCCAGGGAGUUCACCUAGCCAAUAGGGAUACUGCAAAAACCUUCCCAAUCAUUCGCGCUGGCAUGGGAGGCUUCUCCCGUAGUGGCAAGAUGCACAUGCCUUCGUGCCGCGAUCACAGCCCCUUCGUCUUGAUUUCGAACGCACUUCAGAUGGCCUGUACCGAGGCUUCGACGCAGUUUGUCCUGCCAACAUUCACAUCGCACUGUGGCAAUUGGGGCCUUCCUGCCCGACGUCUCGACCAACUCAAUCAGUUCAGGAACAUCCAGCACCUUGAUCUCGAAGUCUGCGCUAAAGGCCGCACUGUGGAACACUGUAUUCCCUUCGGCAAUUCGCUUCUGGUAGCGGCAAUCGAUAGCCUGAAGUCGUUGAAGCUACAGGUGUCACGCUGUAAAAUCGGUGGUACGGUGCAUUUCACGGCGUGCCUUCUGUCCCAUGAAUACUCCACGCUCGAAAGUUUGCAACUGCGUGGCGGGAUAUUCCACGGGUCGCAGCUGGUCGAGUUCGCAAAGAGGCAACCAAAGCUGCGAAGAUUGGACCUACAAGAUGUCGAUGUUACGAUUGACCGAGAUGACAUCCGAGCAAUGGCUGUAGGUGGGAUAGACUCAUUCUUGGCGGUGGAAGGAACACGCAAGGGCAUCACAUACCUCUAG